AUGGCGGAAAAACGCCGAAUAUCGUUAAAAUAUAAAUCAGCAAAUCCUUUAUUCGAGAAAUGGUUGAGCGAAUGGAAAAUAGAAGCUGAGCACAGAGGCUCUAAGCGAGUAUACGCGUAUAAAAAUGCAUUAACCUCCCUCAAAAAGUGCCCCAUAUCUUUCAACACAGGGCAAGAGUGUAAGAUACUGAAGGGUUUCGGUGACCAACUUUGUAGAUUAUUAGAUCAAAAACUAAGGGACCACAGGUUGCAGGAAGAUCGAAAUAGUGAUUCUGAUAAUAGAGAAGAACAGUUAACAGGAACAUCAUGUUCAUCAUCAGUAAAUGUAGCAGGACCCUCAUCAACGAACAACAUAGAUGCGGAAUCGAAGAAUACUGGACAAACAAAUAGAACCAAUAAAAAAGCAAUAACUAAAACAACAAGCAGUGAAUCGGCUGGGAAUUCCCAACAGAGUGUCAAUUCACUCGACGAUGAAUUUUACAUUUUGGAGCCGGGAAGCUUCGAUAUCAUCUUAUGCGUCGAUACAGCAGAAACAACAGCUCGCAGUUCAGAUCCACUAAUAACAGAAUUAACAAAGCAGACGAGCGAUUAUCAAUUCGAGGUCAAAAAGUUGCACAUUGGAGACUACGUUUGGAUAUGCAGGGAUCGGACAACAAAGAAGGAAUUGGUUCUUCCUUACGUUAUGGAAAGAAAAAGAAUGGACGAUUUUGCUAGGAGUAUUAUGGACGGUCGAUACCACGAGCAGAAAUUCAGGCUUAAAAAUUGCGGUCUUGAACAUAAAUACUACUUGAUCGAAAACCACGAAGUCUAUGGCUUCUCGAAGACAUCCUUGAAACAAGCAGAAAUCAACACAACCAUUCAGGACGGAUUUAAAAUACAAUACACAUUAAACUUGAAACACACCGCUCGAUUCCUGGGGAACUUUACGUUGUUACUGAAGAGCUUGUUCAGCGAGAAAACCUUGGUGAAAUGCCCGAAAGAAAACCUAGCAACUAUCGAUUUAUCCAGCGAUUUAAUUUCCUUGAUGUCUUUUCAAGAGUUCAAUCAAGGCAGCGUCAAAAAUAAACCCAUGAAAGUUUCUGAUUUGUUCAUUAAAAUGCUGAUCCAAAUGCAAGGCAUGUCCGUUAAAAGGGCCAUCGCAAUAACCCAGAGGUACCCCACACCGGUCCAGUUUAGGGAUGCUAUCGAUGAAAGUUGCCGGGAGGAUUUCCAGAAACAAUUAGCGGAAUUGAGCUACCAGGGACAAAAAGUCGGUUCGACUUUAAGGGUUCCGUACAUUCCCAGGAAAAUGAUAUGCUCAUCUAAGCCCACGAUGGUCGUUACUAAAGAGAACGAAGAGUGGACGAUCACAACUUCAACACUUCUAAAAUCGACCGUUUUGAAGUUUCGAAUAGGCGAAGAAUACGAAGAAUCGAUGCCAGGAGGUGUUUUGAAGGUAAUUAACAAGUCUAAGUAG